AUGAGUAGAAAGAAUGUAAAAUUAUCAAUCAUAAAAGAUGUCGCUUCUAGGAAAUCUUCACUCACAAAUCGAUCUCAUGGGUUACUAAAAAAGACUGAGGAAAUGAGUGUGUUGUGUGACGUGGAUGCUUGUGCUAUCAUAUACGGAAAAGAUGACCAAGUUCCAUUGGUGUGGCCUUCAUCUGAGACAGAAGUAAGACGAAUUAUCAAUAAUUACAAAAGUAUGUCUCAUGUAGGUCAAUCGGAAAGGCAAUUAGAUCAACAAUCAUUAUUAAAACAAACCGUACAGAAGAAUGAAGAGAAGUUGGCUAGGAUUCAAAGCAAGAAUCGAGAGUUGCAAAUGGAAAAUAUAAUCACCGACAUAAUGACUGGCAGAGCUACACUCGAACAAGUCCCUCCCUGCGAUUUGGACUAUAUGAUUAGGGUGUUACAAGAAAGAAUGAAGCUUGUUAAGAAUCGGAUUUCUAAUUGGGAAAAUAACAUCAACAAUCCUCCUUUUCAAAAUUCAAAUACUAAUCGUGAUGAUAAUCUAAAAAUAAACUCUAGUCUUUGUCAUGAAGAUGGGGUGAUGGAGGCUAGUACGUCAAGGAAUAAUCAUACUAGUGAAUGA